GUGGGCGGAAGUCCCGGCCGCUGUUUUGAAAUCAGGCCGCCGGAGUCUUUGAAGCUCCUUCUACCGCGGAGGCGGCAGCAGCCCAGCGCCGGCCGGACCCCUGACGCUUACCCUCGCGUCCCACCGGCCUGAGGCCGAAGCCUUGCCAUGUCCACCCCUCCGCUGGCGGCGUCAGGGAUGGCGCCGGGGCCCUUCGGCGGGCCCCAGGCUCAGCAGGCCGCCCGGGAGGUCAACACGGCAUCGCUCUGCCGAAUCGGGCAGGAGACGGUGCAGGACAUCGUGUACCGCACCAUGGAGAUCUUCCAGCUCCUAAGGAACAUGCAGCUGCCAAAUGGUGUCACUUACCACACAGGGACGUAUCAAGACCGGCUAGCAAAGCUACAAGACCACCUUCGCCAACUUUCGAUUCUCUUCAGGAAGCUGAGACUGGUCUAUGACAAAUGCAACGAAAACUGUGGCGGGAUGGAUCCCAUUCCAGUGGAGCAACUAAUUCCAUAUGUGGAAGAAGAUGGCUCAAAGAAUGAUGAUCGAGCUGGCCCACCUCGUUUCGCUAGUGAAGAGAGGCGAGAAAUUGCUGAAGUAAAUAAAGCUGUUUAGUUUCUUCAGAGAAGAAUCUUCCAGUGCCCUACACAGAGAGAUAUGCUCUUGUCUUCUUGCCUUCUGCUGUGCUGGUGACACUGAAUCCACAGCCGCUGUGGUUCAGUUUCAUAGGAAACAAACCUCCUAAUCCUUAGAGGUGGGGCAGGGCACAAGGAGAGUACUCGGUCAGUCACCUGUUCCCGAGGAGUGGGAGUGAGCACCUGGCACUCUUGCUAGUCCCUGGCGCUCUUUCAGCUGUUCCUCCAGUUCUUAUCCCCAGGCCUCACCUGGUGCUGUUGCCAUGGCACUGGUCUGGCCUCCACAGAGGAGGAGCAGCCCUUUUCUCAGUGCUGCUGUCCCUGAAUCCACCUGGGCUGUAGUUUCCUCCCAAGUCAUUUACCACUCCCCUUCUACUUUCCCUCUUAAACUACCACCUCGUAUCUGCUACUGUCUGCUUUCUGAUCAUUUUUCUCCACAUAGGAUUAUAGGUUUUUCCAUUCCUCUCCUGCCGUUUUGUUAGGGUUUUGAGAAGAAGAGAUAAACACAUGUAUUUAGUCCACAGUGUUUAUCUGCAACAAGAUGAUUUCAAUACACAGAAUAUACAGUAUUUCUGUAGAUUUGUCUAUGGAAUAAAAGCCCGUAUUCAAAUUUUGUCUUCCCAUUUAUACUUCAGGCAUUUAAGAACUCUUUCUUUGAUUAAGUCAUUUGAAUCUGAUUUUGCUGUUAUAAGUGCUUCUAACUGGGGUAAAACUUGUUUUAGUUGAUAUGAUAUUGACUUGAAGGUUAUUACAAAGAAGAAAAAAUCUAUUUAGAUAUUUUAAUGAACAGAUUUAAAGCUUAGCCCUAUACUUCUAUAGGAAUUCUUUUUUUAAAGAGAAUUUAGGGGGAAAGUAUCUUGAGUGGCAGGGGAAGUCCUCAUUUUAUGGCCUCAUAGCUCCGUCUUACUUCCUAGGAACUGUUAUAUUUUGAAACAGGACUAGAGAAUUAGGUAGUAAACAAGAGGUUUUUAAAAAGGGGUGGGGGGAGGACUAAGAUUUCGUUAACUCAAACUGAAAUCCAAAAAAUAAGACAGAAGGGAUUAAAUAGCUAAAAACCAAGCAAAGUGGAUUUUUUUUAACCUAAAGAUGUUUUUAACUCAUUCCUUAAAACACUGUAAAUGUGAAUUGAAUAUAACACAGAUUUUGACUCUUAAUAAAGUUAUGUAUAAUUAGUGCUACUAACAUUAUUCUUUUCUUCCAAUUUGUACUUCCCUUCUAGAAUAGAAGAUUAAAAUAUAUAAUUAGAAAUUUUUAUAGCACUAAGGUCAUGACUAAUGGAUAUGUUUUUCUGCCUUGAUGGCUCACACACCUGAAUGCUGUUGUGAAGAAUGUUUUAAUAGCUACCUACAGAUGGUAGAAUGUUGCCCUAAUCUAUUUAAUCUCACAGAUGCUACUAAAAAAUAGUUUAAAUUCUUUGAUUUAAUUUUCAAUUACUUAUAAAUAUCUGUAUUCAUAAACUUAAAUUUUUAUAUUCCUUUUGUCUGUUUUUAUCAAUUCUCUUCCCUGUGAUACAGAUUUGUUUAAGUUAUCAGGUGGUGGUCGAGAGCUUUAAGGUUCACUGCAAUCUGAGCUAGUCACACCCAUCAAAGUAAUUCGAUAGAGAAUAUUAAAAUGAAUAAUUUUUAAUAGUAUCCAUAUAUUUUUUUAAAUACCAACAGACCAUCUUUAACUGGAAAACAAAGAACAAGCUUAAAAAUGAUUGCUAGGGAAUUUUUUUUCCUUGUUUGUUUUUUAUCUUCUAGGAUUUGCAAAGCUUUUGAUUUGGCUUUUUGCGUUUUUUUAUUCAGUAUUAUAAUAUUCAUAUAUUUGGGUACCUGCUCUGUGCUAUCAUUACAAGUGUAGGAGUUUCUGCCACGAAUCAGUCAGAUGUGUUGCCUGCCACUGUGCACAUUUCACACAAAUCUCUGAGAACAGAAGACUCUAAUGGAAACAAAGCAGUACGCUUUCAAGUACACAUUUGUUGUAAGAGAUAUUUACAAAAACAGAACCAGGAAUUUAAAUAAAAACUUUUUUAAAAAUCAGACCAUAUUUUUAAUACAUUGACAUUUGCUUAUUUUUAAUGAUUAAGUUGCUUUAUGGACCUGUAUAAUCAGGAAUAAAAUUGUAUUCCUGGCAUUCAAUUUAAAAUAUUCAAAAAUUUAUUACAAUGCAUAUUUUAUUUUUAGUCUAAAUAAGCCACAUAAAAUAAGUAGCCCUAUGUACCCCUCAGUUAACUUUCACUCAUUUUCAAAAUAUUAUAUUUUUGUGUACUUAAAGUUGUACAGAAAAACACAUUGAUGGUAUGUUUACUAUUUAAUAUAUGGUCUGACUUCUAACGACGUAUAUACCACCAAUACCUACCACAGGCCAUGAAAUUUGGGGGCACAAAAUUUUGUAAUCAGUAUUUGACAUAAAUCAUGAGAUAAUAGGAUGGCCUAGGUUCAAUAGUCAGAUUUUUGGCUUAUUUAAAUACUUUUCAUUUGCUCUUCAUACAUUCUGGAAUCUAUAAGCCCUAAUACUCAAGUAAAGACUAAACACUUGUCUAAGACUGUAUGUUUGGAGGACAUCAGAAUGAGUUCUGUUUUGCUUAAACUCUUUUUUGAUGGAAAAAUGAAAGAGGUAUGUGGGUUUUUUUUACAGGAUUGACAUAUAAUUGAGUCCGUGCACUUAGAAAUUAAAGCAUUUUUUGGGGCGCCUGGGUGGCACAGCGGUUAAGCGUCUGCCUUCGGCUCAGGGCAUGA